AUGGUCUCACCACAGCAGCCGGUCAAACUUCGCUUGCGUGGUAAUGCCCUUCUCGAAUCCGCGCGUUGGAACAAAGGAACAGCAUUCGCAGCGAAGGAACGCGAGCAGUUCGGUCUGACAGGCAGACUUCCAUAUACAAUCAACACACUAGACCAACAAUGCGCCCGUGCAACCGAUCAACUCAAGUCUCUUGAGAGUGAUCUCCAGAAGAAUGCAUUCUUGCAAAGUCUCAAAGAACAGAACCUUGUUUUGUAUUACGCCUUGCUUGAGAGGAACCUGAGAGAACUCAUGCCUAUCAUAUAUACCCCGACUGAGGCAGAUGCCAUUGCGCAAUAUUCUCAUGUCUUCCGGCGUAGCGAAGGCUUGUAUCUCACCUUCCCGAAUAGAGAUACCAUGGAGAAAGACUUCCUCGAGCAGGUACAAGGACGCGAAAUUGACCUCGUCGUUUGUUCAGAUGCAGAAGCCAUCUUGGGCAUUGGUGAUCAAGGCGUUGGGAUUUCUACCGCCAAAGCCGUGGUAUAUACUCUAAUAGGUGGUGUGGACCCUGGAAAAGCGUUACCUGUUACACUCGACGUCGGUACAAACAAUGAGGAUCUCCUAAAUGAUCCGCUUUAUGUUGGAUGGCAAAACAAGAGAAUUCGCGGAAAGGACUAUGAUGAAUUCAUCGACAAAUUUGUCCAACUCGUGCGAAAAUACCUACCGCAUAGUCUUCUCCACUUCGAAGACUUUGGCGUCUCUAAUGCUCAGAGACUUUUGAGCAUAUAUCGAGAUAAGCAUGCUGUAUUUAACGAUGACGUACAAGGUACAGGCGCAGUAACGCUUGCCGCCCUCAUGUCAGCCGUAGGAGUGACCAAAUCAAAACUCGUUGACCAGCGUAUCGUGAUCUUUGGCGCAGGCUCUGCAGGUCUUGGUAUAGCAAGACAACUGCGCGAUGCAAUGGCAACCGCAGACGAGGUCUCUGAGGAAGAAGCAAACUCUAAGUUCUGGCUCAUUGACCGCUUUGGUCUGGUAAAGAAGAGCCUCGGGAGUGAGAAGAUUCGCGAGGGCACAGAAGCAUUUGCGCGGGAGGAUGACAACUGGUCCGGGUCCUCUGAUUUCAGCACGCAGGAUAUACAGGCGAAUGAAUUCGGCUCAUUCAAUCUACGAGACGUCGUUAAAGCUGUGCGUCCGACGGUGUUGAUUGGUACGUCGACGGUUGCUGGUGCCUUCACAGAGGAGAUUAUAAGAACAAUGGCGAGCGCUGUUAAACGGCCAAUUAUCUUCCCUUUGAGCAAUCCGAGUCGCUUGCACGAGGUACACCCGCACAAAGCAAAUGAAUGGACGGAGGGUAGAGCAUUAAUUGCGACGGGAAGUCCGUUCCCACCUGCGAAGAUGCCGAACGGGAAGGAUUAUACCAUCGCAGAGUGUAACAAUGCGCUAAUCUACCCAGGCCUCGGUCUCGGCGCGAUAGUCUCACGCACCCGUACACUCUCCGACGGGAUGAUCAUUGCAGGCGCACAGCGCCUCGCAGCACUCUCACCUGCACUUAAAGAUCCAGACGAUGCGCUCUUGCCGGAUUUCUCAGACGCUCCGAGUGUAAACUUCGAAGUUGCAGUCGCCGUCGUACAACGCGCAAUCGACGAAGGACUCGCUGCGGAUGAUGUAUGUAAGUGGAGUCCUGAGGAGGUACGUAAGAAGGUUGGCGAGCAGGCGUGGAGACCUGUAUAUGCGGAUUAUGUUUAUGAUGACAACGGAGAGUCCUAG